UUCCUUGGUCACUACAUGAUUUUCGGAAAAUAUAGACUUCAUUUUUACGAUAUUUGUGCACACAACAAAAUUACGUUUAAUUCUAUGCUUUCCAGGACUUUAUAAAUACAAAGGAUACCAUGUAAAGAUAGAAUUUUGAUAUUCAAUAUCGUAAUGUUGACAAAUCUACUUUUUUAGGAGAAAACUGUUUAUGAAAAUGGUACGUGUAUAGACAAAAUGGAAGUUUCGGGACGUAGAGGAUCACCAGAUAUUAUAAGAUCAUGUCAGCCAUGCAAAGGUGACGGUGAUACUGUACAAGCAGAGGGUUAUUGUGAAAACUGUAAUGAGUUUAUAUGUUCAUCUUGUAUCAAGGCUCACCGGAAGUUGGCGGGGACAAAGAAUCACGUGAUCAAAUCUAAGGAUGAAAUGCCGACAGUACUGUCCACUCAAAGUGCUCCGUGCACUGAACUAUGUGAUGUUCAUAUGAAUGAAAUAGUAAAGUUUUAUUGUCAGGAUCACGAUAGUGUUGGAUGUGGAGAUUGUAUGGUACUUGAACAUACUUCCUGCAAGGUUCAACUAGUUUCAGACGUGUCCUGUAACUAUGACAACGGUGAUGAUCUUGUUCGAAUCAAACAUAGAAUUAAACACCUUCAGAAAAACCUGGAUUCAUGUAAACAAGAACUAAAAAGCAGUCUGAUAACAGCGGAUGAGAUAAAGAUAACUAUUUUGAAGGAAAUCAAGACGUUUCGUAAAGAGAUGGACAAUUAUCUUGACAGGGUAGAAAAAGACCUUAUACAAGAAGUUGAAAAGAUCAGUGCGAGCGAUAUCGCUAAACAGCAAACAAUUCAAGGUCGAUGCGUGGCAUUAAACGAUGAAAUCGAACAAUUUAAAAGAAAAAAGGAACAGUUUGCAGACAAUAUCAAUAACUUAUUUGUUACAUCAAAACAAAUACUAAAGAAACUGCAAAGAUGUAAUGAAAUAAAUGAAGAAAUUUCAUCUAAAAGUCAAAUUACCACUUUAAAAUUUGCUCCUUCUAAAGAAUUGAAGGAUUUGAAAAUGCAAAACAUGUGCCUUGGAAACCUUGAUAGACAAGUGAAGAAAUUCUCGGGACGUUGCAGAAAAAGCAUCGUUGACAGAAAGACACAUUUUGUGAAGAAAAUCGACAUAAAGACAAUAUCAGGAAAAAAGACAAAAUCAGAAAACGAUUGUUUUAUUACGGGAAUGGCAAUUAUAUCUGAAGCAGAAAUUCUAUUAGCAGACAGUAAAAAUGGAUCAUUAAAAGUAUUAAAUCAUAAAGAGGGUAAAAUCACAUCAACAUUGAAACUGGCGAAUUGGCCAGCUGAUGUGACUACAAUAAAUUCCUCGUCUGCUGCAACAACUUUACCUGUUAAGGGAAAAAUCAUGUUUAUAAAUACACAAAAUGGAUUGUCUAUAAGUCACAGUCUGCAAGUCAGGGAAGGAUGCUGUGGAAUAGAUCAUCACAACGGUAUAAUGGCAUUGACUUUCAGUAAACCUGCUGCUGUCCAGGUAUUAGAUAUGGAAGGUCAUAUUCUUCAUCAAGUCAGUGAUACAAGCAUAUUGGGUUGUCCACGUUGUGUAUCUCUGAGUAACAAUAAUGAGAGUAUGUACGUGUCUGACUGGGAGAACAACGCCGUGCAUCAAUUUACACUGACAGGGCAUCUGAAAACUACAAUUAAAAGUAAGGAGAUGAAAUAUCCAUAUGGCCUAACAGUCGCCAACUGCGGAAAUGUUGUUGUUUGUGAUGCAGAUAUAAGUGACAAGAUCGGAGUUGUUGUAUCUGGUAAAAGUGAACUUUUACCUCUCUGCGUGCAAAAUGUGCUCGAUCCAUUUUCUCUUCUCAUUUGUGAAGACCAGGGGAAAUUGUUUAUCAGUGAACAUCGUCACUCAAAAGAAUGCAACUACAUUAAAGAAUACGACUUAAAGUAA